GGCACAAAAUCGGAAGUAUGCUCAAUGGAAAGCAGUUUAUCUAAACAAUUGUUUCACAAAUGGAGAAACUUCGGUGCCACGGCCAAUGAAAGAAGCAGAUGAUGAUAGUACUUCUAUUAAUGCGUCGAAUGACAACGAUGAUGAGCCUGAAUCAAGUGUAAAUCCUGGAAGUCCUAAGGAUAAUUCUUUGCUAGAUCUGCCAACUACAAGAACGCAGUGGUUUGAAUCAGAAGAUGAUAAGUAUGGUGCCAAGUUGACGGUUGAAUAAAUUAGCAAAGUUCAAAAAAUGAUCAAAUGGGCAAGCAGUGCAUUGGAUUAUGUAACUACUUCUGUAAUGAAUCUUUGGAAAGCUCUGCAUCUUUUAACUACUGGUCAGGA